GCAAGGUCUACCCAAUAGCCGGGGCCGGGCGAUGCCCUCAAAUGACUGGCUCAACACAGGGGGAAAUGAACUGUUCAUCCCUAAGAUACCCUCCAUCGACUCAUUCAACAUAGAUGAUUAUGGAUGGUUGCCGAUUUCGACUGGAUUGAAAAGGAUUACAGCUGGAUUCAAAAGGAUUGCCAGGAGGGCACCUUCGUCUGCGAGGAUCGUUCGUGCAUCCCACGAAGGUGGCGAUGCAAUGCUGUGUCAGACUGCUCCAAAGCAUCGGAUGAGCGCGGCUGUGACAGCUGCCCGGAAGGCUUCUUCUUCUGUAGCGAAAAGAAGUGCAUUGAGAGUUAUCGCGUUUGUGACGGAGAGACGCACUGUGCCCACGGGGAGGACGAAAAUAAAUGUGAAGAGAAGAAAGAGGACGCCUGCAAAGGCUUCCAGUGUCUCUCGGGCCGCUGUCUCCAUUCGACUUUCUUCUGUGACGGCAUCUACGAUUGCGACGAGGGAGAGGACGAACUCUUGUGUGUGACGAAAGACGCAGCUGCGCACGAGUUUCGACAGUUUUGUAGCCGGUAUUACACAGCCUUGCUCGAGAUACACAAUGAAACCAGAGACUUUGCUGCUCGUCAGGGCAACCAAGAGUGUCCUCUAGAUGAUUACAACGAAACCGCAUCCUGGAGCCCAAUGUGCAGUAGUGAGGUAUUUUGUGACAAUUUUGGAUGUUACGACUACGAAUUGAAGAAAUACUUGGAAUUCAGAAGCACCGAAUACGAUGCCAUCUGCGCAUAUUGUACGAAAGAUUUCAACUGCUGGAGGAAAGAUUGGGUCGACUCCUGGGAACAGAGCUCCCUGAACAAGAACCAGUUAAGUUGGAUUCUCAAAAAAAAGCGGUCUGACUUCCGGGACAUCACCAGUCUUUACGAACCGACCACUGAGGUCCUUGAGGAUGCUUCCAUACCAAAGGAGGACUUCAUUUUCUCCUGCAAUUUCGAUGGGAAAUCCUGCAGCGAUAAGGAUUUCUAUGAAUGGAUUGACCGCAAAUAUGGAAAAUGCUACACAUUCAAUUACUUCCAGACUAAUAAGAGCAUCAAAACGUUGAUGGAAGCAGGACCAACCCAUAACCUGCAAGUGGACGUCAACUUGUUCAACGGAUUGUUUAUAGUCUCACCAGCUCACGGGCUUCGAGUGAUCCUCCACAGCCCUCGAAGGCUGCCGUUUCCCGACGAGGAGGGAUUCAACGUAGGCAACGAAUUCAUCUCCGUCAGCGUGUCCAGGACAGUCAUUGAACACUAUGGUGAAGACUACGGCUUUUGUAGAGGCCUUGAAAAAGACGAAUUUCCUGCUUAUUCUCAGAUGUUCUGUAAGAAGCUAUGCAAGGAGAGAGAAUACCGAAGGCUGUGUGGGUGUGCCGUGAACACCGGUCCCAAUUACGAACAGCUGGAUUCGGCCGGAUCCGGAUCCGGGGAGGGCAGUGAGGAACCCAGGAAUCUCUCCCUGUGCUCCAACUUCCAUAUCAAGCAGAAAGUCUGCAAGGCCGUCGUCGAUGUUCGCUACAAGACGAAGAAACUAAAUUGUGAUUGUCCACCUGCGUGCAGGGAAGAGUUGUACAAGCCCCAGGUGACGUCAGCCAUGCUUAGUUCCAAGUACCGCACGAUCCUGCAUAACUACAGGAAGAAAAUUGACACUCUCUGUAAGAACAAGACAGGGACGAUGGUGAGUCUGCAAGUGUAUUUAGAUUCGCUCAGCUAUGAAGUGUUUUAUGAGUCUCCUUCUUUCACGGGGCUGACGAUACCACAGCGCCGUCAGGAAGGAAAGGCUCAGGGGAACCCCCCUACAUGCCAGUCAUCAGGGUCAACUCAUUCGUUACUUACGAGGACAAGAAUUAGCAGUAGCAGGAUUCUAUAGGGGUAAUAACACCAUCCUAAAAAUCAUCAGCAGGAUUUUGAAGAGUCCAUAUAAUGUUGAAGAGGCCAUAAGAAGAUCUUGUAGAAGUGAAAGUAAUUCCUGAAGGAGCUACCCCAGCAGUUUACUUUUCAGGGGCUGGCAGGCAUCAUCAGGGACAGUUAGCGGUGCAAUUUGGGUACUAGACCUUUUUAAUUUUAGGUUUAGACUAUAUUUGACCAGUUCAUGUUCAAUGAUAAUUAUGAAAAUAUUUUUUUUAUAUAGUUUCAAACCAGACUAGGCCUACUUGGAAUUAUGAUCAUCAUAAAUGCACAUUCUUUAUUUUAUGUAAAGCGUAUUCAUCCAGGUUAUACUUCUUGAGCACAAUAAAAGUUAGCUUUAUGCACUCGGUUAAAUAUUUUGAAAACUGAAUUUGUUAGCAUUGACAUGCAAAUGACAUGACUUGAUUUAACCAUUAUGCCUAUGAUACUGCUGUACACUUUUGAAGACUCAUUGCCACUGACUUGUUUAUCCAAAUUAUUGGAAAUAUAUCACCUCUAAUUUUAUUAGAGAUUCUGAUCAGCUAAAUAUUCAGCACCAUUUGAGCUUUCUUGCAGUCUUUACAUAAGUAUAGAGUGUUUUU